AUGGAAAGACGUGACCAUCAUUUGGGACCGAUUUUUACAGACGUCUUUUUGGGGCCCGUGUGCGACUACGUGAUUGCACCUGUGGCCAGGUACGCAGGUGCCUGGGGGAUCCCCGUGCUCACGGCAGGUGCACAAGCUGACGCCUUCCGGUACAAGGAUGAGCACUAUCCCACCCUCACCAGGAUGAUGGGCUCCCACUCCCACGUGGGGGAGGCUCUUCGACACAUCCUUCGGCUCUUCGGAUGGAAGGUCGUGGGACUGAUCUACCACAACCACGACGUGGCCAGCAGCAGAGGGAACUCCGAGUGCCACUUCACCAUGGGUGCGGUUUUCACUGCCCUGAACUCCACACCGGUUCAUAGAAGCUUCAACCAGGAGGCCAUCAGCCUUCAGGAAAUCCGGGGACUCCUCGCCUUCGUCUCCAAAUCCGCCAGGAUUGUGGUGAUGUGCGCCAACUCGUCGACCAUCAGGGAAAUCCUCUUAGCAGCCGAGGAACUCGGAAUGGUAGAUUCUGGCGAAUACGUCUUCUUCUCCAUAGAACUAACUUCCAGCGACAACGACUCGGACGAGCCGUGGAAAGUGGAAAGCGACACGGAGGAAAGAAACGAGAAGGCAAGAAAAGCUUAUCAAUCCCUGCUGACCGUGACGGCGCGCACCCCUGAUAACAUCGAGUACCUCAACUUCUCGAGGGAGGUGAAGUCUCUCGCCCAGAGCAGAUACAACUUCACCUUCGGCAACAGCUCGGUCUCCACUUUCGUCACGGCCUUCUACGAUGCCGUCCUCCUCUACGCCCUCGCCCUUAAGGAAAGCCUCCCCGAGAAGCCGGGAGAGGUCAACCUGGACGGGGGCAAUCUGACGCGCAGGAUGUGGGGCAGGAGUUUCAAGGGCAUUACGGGGGACGUGAAUAUCGACGAGAACGGAGACCGCAUCGCGGACUACUCUCUACUCGACAUGAAUCCUGCCACGUCAAAAUUUGAGAUCGUGGCUAAUUACUAUGGGGCGAACCAGACCCUGGAGUACGUCCCCGGCAGGCGAAUUCACUGGUCCGGAGGCAGAUUAGAACCUCCACCUGAUACGCCGACAUGCGGAUUCGAUGGCGCCUUGUGUCCCGAUAAUUCUCUACCAGGUUAUGCCAUAUUGUCAAUUGUCCUGAGUUCAAUUGUCGUCGGUCUUGUAGUGGCUUCGGUAUUCAUAUACCGACACUUCAAGUUGGAAGCUGACAUUGCUUCGAUGACAUGGAAGGUCCAUUGGGAUGACGUAUUGAUGAUGCCCAUAGGGAAGACCAGGGGAUCGAUUUACUCCUUGCCUUUGACCAAGAUGCGAGGAAGUCAACUGACUCUCUACUCCGAAGAUAACGUCAGUUUGGCUGGAGGUGUAGACAGGCAGAUUUAUGUCCCUACGGGAAUCUACAAGAACUCCAAAGUGGCCAUAAAGUUGAUACCAAGGAGCAAGGUGGAGAUCUCCAGACCUCUGCUGCUGGAGCUGAAAAGGAUGAAGGACUUGCAGCACGACCACCUAGUGCGCUUCUAUGGAGCCUGUGUGGAGCCACCCCAGUGCUGCCUGCUCACCGAGUACUGUCCUAAAGGAUCUCUACAGGACAUUUUGGAGAACGAGCAGCUGAAGCUGGACCGAGUCUUCAGGGGGUCCCUUAUCCAUGACAUAGUUCGUGGCAUGGCCUAUCUUCACGCUUCCGAAGUCAGAAGCCAUGGGAACCUUAAAUCCUCAAAUUGUGUGGUGGACUCGAGAUUUGUCCUGAAAAUUGCUGACUUUGGUCUGCACGAGCUGAGACGACCGCAUCUCUUGGAGAUGGACGAGGACAAGACCAGCUACGCCUACUGGAGAAAGCAGCUUUGGACCGCCCCAGAACUAUUGAGAAUGGAUCGACGACCACCAGAGGGCACGCAAAAAGGCGACGUUUACAGCUUCGCCAUAAUCAUGCACGAGAUCGAAAUGCGCCAAGGACCUUUCUACUUGGGCGAGCGAAACGAUCUCUCCCCUAAGGAAAUAGUGGAGGGUGUCAAGAGAGGCGGAGGAUCGCCGUUGAGGCCUUUGAUCGACGAGGCUGCCGUCGAGGAAGAGGUGGCCGCGUUGAUGAGGAGGUGUUGGGCUCAGGACGCCGCUGAUAGGCCGGAUUUUCCGGCACUGAAGCAAACUAUUCGGAAAAUUAACAAUUCCACUACUUUAAGGUUAUUAGAUAGUGGCAUUUUGAAACUAUCCUUAUCUUUUAUCAUUUUUAUUUACAGAUCCGUGGCAUCUCAGCUGAUUCUUGGCCAAAGCGUGAUUGCUGAGACAUAUGACCAAGUUACAAUUUACUUCAGCGAUAUCGUCGGUUUCACGAGUCUCUCUGCCGAAAGUACGCCAUUACAGGUGGUCGACCUUUUAAACGACCUGUACACUUGUUUCGACUCCAUUAUCGAGAAUUUUGACGUCUACAAGGUGGAGACGAUAGGAGACGCGUACAUGGUUGUUUCAGGAUUGCCAGUGAGAAAUGGAAUGAAUCAUGCCAGGGAAAUAGCGAGGAUGAGCUUGGCACUUCGAGACACUGUCAUGACGUUCAGGAUUCGCCAUAGACAAAACGAGCAGCUGAAACUUCGGAUCGGGAUGCACUCUGGACCCUGUGUGGCAGGUGUGGUUGGUUUAAAAAUGCCGAGAUAUUGCCUCUUCGGCGAUACAGUCAACACUGCGUCGAGAAUGGAGAGCAACGGCGAAGCUCUCAAGAUACACGUCAGUCCGAAGACCAAGGAGAUCCUGGACACGUUCGGGACGUUCGACCUCGUUUGUAGAGGAGAGGUCACGUUGAAGGGCAAAGGCACCAUGACGACCUACUGGCUCCAGGGUGAGAAACCAACCAACAACAACGUCCAACAGAUCAGACCAGCCCCGACGAUAACCCAGAUCCCUGCGAUAUCGAUGCAACGUUCGAGCCCAGUGGGUCAGCUGUGUCACCCCCAGGGUCAAGGCCAGGGUCAGGCCCAAAGCCAGGGUCAAUCCCAAGGCCAGGUCCAGGCCCAGGUCCAGGCCCAAAGUUGCGCCCGCAACUCCACGACGGCGACUGGAAACGGAGCCCCGGCAGGACUUCCGGUCUCGACAUCUCCGUCUCACAAUCGGGCAGGAAGCAAUCCCGGCAACAGUCCGGCCUAUCAGACCCAUCAGAGUCAGCAAGUGGCUGAUAGCGUGCCUAACUAUGCCGAAAGUGGACCCAACGCGCCGCUUCUUCUUCCCGCUGGAGCCUCUCCGCGGGUCUAG